GUUGCAGAUGGCAAGGCAUGUAUAAGACUCGUGGGGGAAGACGACGCAUGCAAGAUACACGAAACCCACGGAAUAAUCCAAACACUUCCACCAGUAACAUGGGAUGGCACAAGAUAAUUAUUCGGGAUGGCUGCAUGUAUGACAAGAAUGAAGUUCUGGAUAAUUUAAAGGAGUAUGUAGAAGAACCAUUUGUACCAAUAUUGUAUGAAGUAGAAGGAAACAGUUUGGUGUUCUACCUGGAAGACAAUGGUGCUGCUGCCAAAGCCAUCACAAAUGUCAACCGCAGAGUCACCAUGAGGAAUGGCUCAAGGCUCAUAAUCUGUAACAACAGAUCACCUCCCCCCAACAGACCACUCUCUGUCCAACAGCAAGAAAAAGUGAUGCACAUCAUGAGUGAACGUUACUGCCUUGAGUUGAAACGUUUGGACUUGAAGAAUUUUCAUAAUGCUCCAAGUAAGUACUUAUUUAUUUAUGAUAAUUACUUCAGACAGUGAUUGGUAAAAAAAGGA